AUGAGGAAUUUGGAAACACAAAUUGGGCAGCUUGCUACAGCUUCUCAUACAAGAACUCCCGGCACCAUUCCAAGUGAUACAGUGCCCAACCCCAAGGGAAAUGAACAUUGCAAAGCAGUCACCUUGAGAAGCGGAAAAAAUUUGGAUUCAAUGCCUUUAAUGGACGACCAAGAACAGGCUGCAUCCGGCAGCAAGGAACAAGGCGAUGGAUCUAAGUUAAAUGGAAGACUUACAGCAGGAGAGAAAGACAAAAAGGUCAAUGAGACAGAACCUAAGAAGAGCAAGUCCAGUAUUCCUAAUGACAUUCCACCGCCUCCAUAUCCAUUCACGAGAAAGAAGCGAGUGCGGCAAGAAAAGAGUUUUGAGUGGAUGAUGAAUGUGAUUAGAAAGGUGAAUGUAGACAUCUCAUUGGUGGAUCUUUUCACCAAUUUCCCGAGAUUCUCCAAGUUCUUCAAAGACAUGAUGGCGAACAAGGAGAAACUUCAGGAUGAGGGGAUUGUGGCAUUGAGCAUGAAUUGCUCACACCUGAUAUCUGGAAUCAUGCCGACGAAGAAAAGAGAUCCAGGAGGUUGCAUCAUACCAUGUGAAAUUGGUAACACGAUUUUCACAAAGUGUUUAUUGGACCAAGGUUUAGGGAUCUCACUGAUGGCAUUGAAAACUACUUGUGCCAUUGGUUUGGAGGAAAGAAUGGAGCCUAUCGACAUCACUCUACAAUUGGCUGACCACUCCAUAGUGAAGCCCACUGGAAUUGUUGAGGAUAUCUUGGUUAAAAUCGAUAAGUUCAUCAUUCCCGUUGAUUUUAUUGUGCUCGACAUGCCAGAAGAUAGAGAAGUGCCAAUUUUGUUUGGUAGACCAUUUCUAGCAACGGGGGAUGUAUUGCUUGGAGCAAAGAAUAACUCUGUUACAUUCAGAAUUAAUGGUGAGCAACUGACCAUCAAUGUUGAGAAGGCCUAUUUUGGUGGUGAAAGUGGUAAGGAAGCAAGAGAGGUGGUCACACUAGAGAGUCCGAAAGUGUAG